GGUCAAAUUUAACCAGUUCGCCUCUCAAAAUGGCGGAUGAACCAACACGGGAGUGGAGCGAUGAGCAGCUCAAAAGUGAUGAUUUGCCCAAAAAAGACAUUAUAAAGUUCAUUCAGGACAAUGCAGCCCACUCGUUCCUCAACGAGCACAAGCUGCUGGGAAACAUAAAAAAUGUUGCUAAAACAGCAAAGAAAGAACAGCUGAUUGUUGCCUACAAUCAGCUCUUUGAGAGCAAAAGGUUCAAAGGCACAGAGCCGAUUGAAGAAGUGACCGAGCAAGUUAAAGCUGUGAAAAUUAAAGAUAAACCCAAAGAAGUCCCUACAGAGGUGGUGGAUGAGGGUCCGCCCAAAUACACCAAGUCAGUGCUGAAGAAAGGUGACAAGACAAACUUCCCAAAAAAGGGCGACACAGUGGGCUGCUGGUACACUGGCUCCUUGGAGGAUGGAACUGUCUUCGACACUAAUGUCCCCACAACUGAAAGAAAGAAGAGGCAAACCAAACCACUGAACUUUAAAGUUGGCCUGGGCAGAGUGAUCAGAGGGUGGGAUGAGGCCGUGCUGACAAUGAGCAAGGGUGAAACAGCUCGACUGGAGAUUGAACCAGAGUGGGCCUAUGGGAGGAAGGGCGUCCCCGACUCAAAAAUUCCACCCAACGCCAAGCUGAUCUUUGAAGUCGAGCUGGUCUCUGUGGAUUAACUGACACCUGCUGGACAGCAUGCACUGCAUUUCGUGGAUGGAGGGAUAAAAAAAAAAUAAAAAAUACUUAAUGGCUGUAAAGAUUCGAGUUAAAAUGGCAUUCGGAUUGCACCUUUAUGUUCCUACUUUGUCUCAUUCAUCACCAAGUUACGAGAAGCACUGAACAGUAAUUCCAGUGUUUUAUGUUUUGGCCAAAGUGUGAUGGCUUGUCAAUAAUGUACAUAUGAGACACCCUGAAACCUUAUCUGCAUUUUUGUUCUUUUGCAUGUAUAAUGUAAAUGAUAAAUAAAACUGUUUCAGAGACUAAA